GAACCCUGGAGCUCAAUUUGCUGAAUUGUUAAAGCAUGACCUGGGUGACCUUCAGCAGGUGCUGUAGAUUCUCUGUGAAUUUGUUUCCUCAUAUUAAAAACUGAGUUAGGACUAUUGAUUGGUUUGUAAAGUACUGUCGACCUUACUACUUUGAAGUCCAGCUUUCAACACACAUUAGUAUAAUUUAUGAAAAUCACCAUAAUAAUUUUAACUGUUACUACAAUCCUUCAAAUCCUUCAGUCUUCAGGAGCACUAGCAGAGAGCAUUGUCAUAAAAACAUCAGGUAGAAACUUGCCUUAUCUUGCUAUUUUUUCGGGGAGCUAUGGAAUAUUAAGAGUAUGCUUACAGAGUAAAAUCCAUUUAGCAUAAUUUAUUUACUUAAAACACACUCAAAAUUGUCAGAGUGGCAUUUUUCCUGCUAUCCUAUUUUUGCUGUGCAUAUGUGCUUUAUUUAUAAAUAUGAUUAUAUAAAAGACAUUUUAUUUAUUACAUCUAAAAAUACACAACAAAAUAGGUUCCUACAUUGUUCCUAACCACCUGUUUUGCGGAUGUGUAUUGCUUAUUUCUUAUUUCCAGAGACUUAAGACUUAAUAUUCUUAGAAUAUUAAGUGGAAAUAAGCUUUGUCUGGAACUGCAGAUUUUGGAGUUUUUGUAGAAUGAAAAGUGUGUUGUACCUUCUAUAUAGUGUGCACACUAAUGGUAGCAUGCUGCUUUUCUAGUAAGCAGAUUUCUGAAGUGAUGGCAAGAUGGCAUGUUUGCUGUAUUGGAUUUGAUGUAUUUCCAUAUUUCCAUAAAAAGUGGACUGGCUCUUGAAAGUACUACACCAUGGUUCCUUCACUCUUUACUGAAUUAUCAAGCUGCAUUCUUGCCAUAAUAAUAGAUGUCUUAGAGCAUUUCAGUAGUGUGCUGCAAUGUUUAAUAAAUUAUAAUGCUCGAUGCAAUGUUCUGUGAAUUUCCACCUGUGACAACAUUAUUUGCAAUUCAAUGAAUACUUAAAAGGGUGGGAAUGUUGAGAAUGUCUCAUUAGAUUAUCAGAAUACUGUAAACUUUUAUCCAAAAGGUACACAGAGUUAGUGAUGCCCCAGUGGAUAGUUACUACAUGUAUAAAGUCUUGAAAUCAUGUCACUUAAUGGUGUAGUUUGAAGACUGGAGGAUUUAAGUAAACCCCUGUAUUAUUUCCUGAAAAGGUAAAUUUACUUCCAUGUUUACUGUUUCUGAACUUGCUGAACACAAGUGAUUCAGUAUCAGUCAUUAGUGUAAUUUUUAUUCUUACGGGUUUACAUUUGACUGAAGAAAUUGCAAUAGGUAUGAACAGUGAGACAGAUUUUUCUGUAGUGGUAUCAGCCCAAGCAGAUGAAGGGACUCUAAGUAUGGAUAUGUAACUUAUUUUUGUUAAUGACCCUAACUAGUUCAAAGUGGUCAAGUACCAAUUGAAAUUUGUGAAGCGAAUAGACAAAGCUAUUUGCAUUACAGUUGGUAUAAUAUUUUUUAAUCCUAGUGCAUAUGUUUUUGGGAAGUAUAUGAGAACUCAGCCCAUAAGUAUUGUGUUGUCUCAGGAAAGGUCCAAACCAUACACUUGUAGGUGAAAAUCUUGUUUAGAGUCUUGUUAAAAGUAAUUGGCAACUUGAUUAAAAGGUGUCCCACAAAAUUUGAACUAAAUUAAGCAUUUAAUAACAGGUUAUUAUAUGAAACUGUUUUUGAUGAAUUUGAUUUCAUUUGGUAGCAGAGAUGUACUUGGGCAUUUGAUAAUUUCUACUGGUUUUUAAAGUCCUUUAGACAUCUGGAUUCAGUUUUCUUACAGUUUAUGAAGGAACAAAGUAAAGGGGUAUUGAAGUGUUUGCUUUUACGUGCAAAUAAAACAGAAAAGAAGUGAAUGUUCUUCUGUAAGUACUUUAAUAAUGUGUUUCUUACAUGUUUUUGGCUUGUAUGUGUACAUGAAACCAUGCUGUUUGAAAAGGUUUCUGAUCCUAUACUCCAUUUAGCAAGUGGCAGAUUGUUCAGCAUCUUCAUUUUAAAUCAUGUAUGGAAAUAUAAGAGGGGUUGUGGGUUUUUUUCCCAUAUAAAUAGAAAGUUUGAAAGAGAGGCUUCCAUUGUGCCAGUGCUUCCAUAAGCCAGAUGCAUGAUAGAUGAAGAUUAUGUAUAAUAAUAUAUUAUCUUGGUAUGGUUUCUAGUGAAUCUAUGAGCCAAGAAAAAUAAUAGGAAUAUGUAGAAAAUAAAGGGAGCAUAUGGUAUUUCAGUGGCAGCAUCCCAGAAAAGCCUUUUUCUACAAAAGGGGUUCUGCAGUUCUGGCAGCCUAGUUCCAGGCCAGUUAUGGUUAGUUCUGCUGGUCCAACUUUCUACUUUUCUGUGAAAUUGCCUGUGUUUCAAUUGGCAAAUAGGUAUUUCUCAGGAAAUCUGAGACUGACUUUUCUACCUUGAUGCCCUUGGCUGUGAUCUUUCAAAAACUGAGUAAUAGGAUAGCUUGCAGGGUGAGAAUGUUUGUUGUUUUGGCAUUUGUGAUUAACAUAGAAUGUAUUUGGCACCAAAUAGCAUGCAAUUGGUUUUGAGAUUGUCCUUGCCUACAGUAAAAAAUAAUUGAAUUUUCACAUAUUGAUGGAAGUUUACAGUCUCUUGUAAGUGUUUCUCUGUAAAUAGUACAUAAUAGUACAUAGUUUCAUAGUUGAAUCACAUUCUUUUUGACAGUUAGGAGAAGGUUGUUUUUGAAUUUGGGUUUCAGUCUAAAGCUGAAAAAGGAAAAUCUUGGGGAUUAUCUAGCUCUGUGUUGGUACUUUUGCUAUACAUAAUUCAGCACAUGCAGGAUUUCUGAUUUUAGUUUUUGAAUGCUUUAUAAUAAUAUUUUAACACCAAAGCUCUGCAAAAAGAUACAGUUUAGAAAGCUGAGCUCAGUUAAGGUCUGAAAUAAGUGAGUCUGUUCAUAUUCACACUCUUGAAAGACUGAGGCAGGUAAGGAAUGAAAGUACAUUUCUUUCUUUCUUCCCACCUUGUACCCUAAGCCUUUUGGGAUUUAUAAAGAUAGAUGUUUAAGUCAUAUACAUCUAAAUCUAUGAUAUUUUUUUGUGUGUGUGAGUGAACUUGCUCUUUAUAAAGUGCAGAGCUUCUGCAGUGAAAAAUAGUGUUUUAUUUUUAGAAAAUCUAUGGCUACAAAUUCAUUUCCUUAGCAACUUUCCAUCAAACAAACAGCCUGCUCUUCCUCCUUCCCAACCAAAACAAACUUAAACUGGCCUAUUAAUUUAGGCAGUUUUCCCAUGAAAAAUCGGUUCCCUGUCUCUGCCACAAGUAUUUGUAAUUUGCCAGGUCCCUGAAAAAAAGUCUUCUUGUAUAAAACACUAAAGGACGUAUUUUAAAAAAUAACCAUAAUUUUUCAGUGUUAAGUUGGUGAUAUUUUUCCUCUGCAAUUGUUAUAUUUCAGUUUUACAGAGUAAAAAUUUUUGUUUCUUGUGCUCUGUCAUGCGUGCUUGUUCAUUUUACUUGGUUGUCUCUGUGAAUUGCACAGCACAGUAAACUGGUGUGUGUAUUUAGACUGAGCAAAGCUAUCCCACCAGGAGAGGCAAAGGAGACAAAAUUGGCAAGGAACUUUAGGAUUCAGCACAUUGCAAACCAAAAAUAUUGCUGGUUAGAGCGAGUUUUUACACCUAAACUAAAUUUAAUGCUUCUCCAAAAUAUAGCUCUUUGUAGCACAGGAUAGUACCAGUUGUGCUAUAAUGUAGGUUUAUAAAGUUUAUGUGGCUUAACAUGAUGAAAUCUUGUACAAAUACAACAGUGAAAGAAGUUGCUAAGUGUCCUGCAGGAAGCAGGUAUCAAGUUUGCUGAUAGUCAUGUUGACUGUAGUCAUGGACAGUUCAGCCUAAUCAUUUCAGCCAAGAGCUGACAACUCAGAAAUUAAAUCUUUGGUCUCUGUUUUAAAAGGAAGCAGGACUGACAAAACUUGUGACUAAUUUUCCCUUUUCCAUCUGUUUCCAUAUACCUGUUAGAAUAGAUAAUUGUUCUGGCUCCUAUUUUCCGAUAUGCUGAAAUCCACCAAACUGCCCUUGCUAUAACACAGUUUAUUUCAUGUGUUCUGUUGACAUUGAUGACUCUAUUGCAAAAGUACAGUAGUGAAUAUAAACAGAUCUAUGUUAAUUUUAAGGUCUGCAGAAACACAUGACAAAGGAAUCAAUUCUGAAGAGGAAAAGGACAGAUAUUGUAAUGUCAGAAAUUUUAUUUCUGGCAUUUGAAGGUGACACUCUUUGGGUUUACUUUUUCAAAUCAAGCUAAUGCAAACGUCCUGUCUUUCUUUGUUUCAAAUGCAUCACCUUCCAGUCCUUACAGCAGUGUCCCUUUCCCUCAAGAGUGACAACUCCAUAGCCAAAAGGACUUGUAAGCAUUCUGUAUUCAAUAGAGAACUGGGACCCAAAGUGUGAUUGCUGUCUCUUUAGGCAGUUUAAGACAAAGACUUUCUGCUGUUUAGAUCCAGGAGGUUUUAAGCUUUAAGUGUGAAAUCAGUACAUUACUAAUAUGAUGAUAUGAAUUUGAUUUCACCUGCUUUCAGCCAAGAGAGAAUAUUACAAUCUAGUCUGCCUAAAAAUAAGUCAUAACACUUUCCUCAGUAACUUCCCCUUCAUGUCUGUGGAUUCCAUCUAAACUAUAUCAUCUUGCUCAGAAAUGAAAAUCCCAGUUCAAAAACUGCUGUUGAGGAAUCUUUCAAAUCCAGGUAUUCCAGCAGCCUCUUAGUUUCACUUAGGAAAUGUGUCUUAUUUUUUCUUUAGUCUGAAUAAAAUGAUACUGUUAUCUGCAUUGUCGUAAUUCUUUUAAAUAUCUGGGUUUUGAAAAUUGGAUGUACUUGUUUGAGGGGGAUAAAAAACUCUCCAGAGCUGUGUCUGUUUCUGUAUUGAAAUUCUGCUAUAUAUUUUGGGGAGUUGAUUUAACAUCCCACCAAGUCAGCGAUUCCCAAGUUGGUUUUGUGCCUUUUGUCAGUAGGGAUAGUUACACACAGUCUUGAUUCUGUUUUUCUUAGACUCUGCUUUCAGGCUUUUUUAUGAUGCAUUCCUUAUAGUAAUUUUCAAGUAGUAAAGUAAUUUCUAUAGAAAAUCAGAAUCGCAAAUCGCAGUUUGACAUAAAGUUAUUUAACUUUCAGGAGAAGUUUUUUAAAAAUGUUGCAUUUUCAUAUUGUUUGAAAUUUACACAAGCUUUUCUUUGUUAGGUUGGAUGUGUGAGAGCUGCUUGUCUCAAGCUCCUUCAUGCAUUUCCAGGGCAUUUUCACACAAAUACGCUUAAUCAGCUUUUAGAGGGAGUCUGUUCCGUAACGGGAAUUCCCAAGUGAGCUGCAAUUUUUAGAUGAAAAGGAGGAGAAGCUUUUAAAAAGUUAUCAGGUGUUUGAAUUAGGAAGAAAGGAUCUCAGGGGGAAUACUUUGUAAAAAGUUUCUGUCCUUUUUCCAUGCUGGUUUACAUCUCUGGUUUAGACUGAACAUUGUAUUGAAAGGAGAUUCAAUCAGCUGUGUACUCUCUCCCAGUAUCUCCAGGCUUUUGGGCCUGUGAAGUCCUCAGUAGCUCUUUUUUCUUGUAUGUACACAGGGAGAUAUUGGAUGGAUGGCAGUAAAAAUGAGUGUCUGAAUCAUGAGUUGUGAAGGAAAGCACACAGCUUGCUUUCUCCAUUGCCCUUUGUGUUAAUUUAGAUAAUAAUUUGCGUGUUCUGAUUUUUUAAGUUUUGUUUUUCUUCUGGAGUACCUGGAAAACACAGCAGGGGUUAGUGUUUUAAGAACCGAAGGAAUAAGUGAGAAAAGUGCUCUCUUUAACAGUAUUGGAAGUUUGUUCCUGUUAUUUAGAUACUGCAGUUUUGUUUUAGGAAGAUGAGAGUGAUGGUUCUUGAAUACAUUUGUAAAUUGAGACAUUCAUCCAGCUUCUUUUCACGCUAGGUGUCAGUGUUAACAUACCUGUUCUGUAAUCUCAGGUGUAGUCGUUCCAUUGUCCUUGUGGAUACACCUGUAUUUAGUUCUCAGUUACAACUUCUGGUCAAAAAGUCAAGACAGUAAUGGUAAAUAGUGAUUUGUAUGUUGACCCUUAAUGGUCUGUAAGUAUUUAUCUUGUGAAAAUCCUUAUCUUUUUACCCUCAAUUGCACCAAGUAAACCUGGAAGAACCAGCUUGGUCCUUGUGAAAAUGUCUGCUACAAUCUUUUCAAUACCCAGAUUUCUCUUUCAUCCUAGUUUUGACUAAGAUAGCCUUGAAAACCUGAAAGAUAGUAGAUGGAUGGUAACUGCAUUAUUCAAAAUUAAAUCCACUGGGAUCAUCCUAGUUGGGCUUUCAUCCUCUCAAACUGUAAAUAAUUAGCUGACUAGAAGGAAUUCAUAUGGUGUCUCAUAAGGUCAUCCGUUAAUGUGUUACUUGAGCUAUUGUGAGAUUAUGCAAAGACAUGUGGCUAUUUGCCUUGUUUCUUUUGGUUUACAAAAGUUUUUUAAAAUUGCCUGUGUUUCAUCUGAGGCUUUGUAAUGCUGACCAUAAUGUAAAUAUCCUGGUGGUUGAUACUGAUCUCGGGUAUCAGGAGGAAGGGUCACUUCUCUACCUGCAGCUGUGACAGUAACCACAGCCCAUCUUCUUGGAUAAAAAGCCUCACUGAAGAAAGCUGCACAUAUGCAGAAGUUGUAGCUGCUGUUGAUGUGAACACUCUUGCCAAUGAUGUUUAUAAGCAUAACUUUCCCAGCACACCAUUGUGGGCGAAGACUAUUGAGGGCAUAACACUGAAAGAAUUUGACAGGUUAUCUUUUGAUAUGAUUUUGAUGAGUCCUCCCUGUCAGCCAUUUACAAGAAUUGGCCUGCAAGGUGAUGUGUCCGAUCCACGGACGAAGAGCUUUCUUUAUAUCCUUGAUAUUCUCCCAAGGCUUCAGAAGCUUCCAAAAUACCUACUUUUAGAAAACGUUAAAGGAUUUGAAUCCUCUUCUGCAAGAAAUGAACUUUUGCAAACACUAGCAACAUGUGGAUUUAAAUAUCAGGAAUUUCUCUUGUCUCCAACCUGUCUUGGCAUUCCCAAUUCUAGGCUGCGGUAUUUUCUAAUUGCGAGGCUUCACCAAGAACCAUUUUCCUUUCAAGCUCCUGGUCAAAUAUUGACAAGAUUCCCAGAUCAGGAUCCAGAAGAUUUACUCAGUGAAGAGGUUGCUGACAAAGUGGGUGAAACCUGUUCUUCUUUGUCUUCUGAAAAGAAGAAUCUGCAUCCAAACAUUGAUCCAGAUUGUAGCAGCAAGGAGAGUUUACCGAAAAAGGCCUUUCUAUUUAAGCUUGAAACAGUAGAAGAAAUGCAAAGGAAACAUAAUCAGGAUAAUGAUUCCUCUAUUCAAAUGCUGAAAGACUUCUUGGAAGAGGAAAAUGAAGAAAUGACUCGGUAUUUUUUAUCGCCAAAGUCCUUACUGCGCUAUGCUUUCUUGUUAGACAUUGUUAAACCCACCUGCCGGAGAUCCACGUGUUUUACAAAAGGGUAUGGACACUAUGUAGAAGGAACUGGCUCAGUUCUGCAGACAGCAGUAGAUGUACAGCUUGAAUCAGUGUUUAAACACAUUGACGAGUUACCAGAAGAAGAGAAGCUUAUGAAAUUGUCAACACUAAAACUGAGGUACUUUACCCCAAGAGAAAUAGCAAAUCUUCAUGGAUUCCCUUUGGAAUUUGGUUUUCCUGAAAAGGUAACAGUAAAGCAAUGCUAUCGUCUUCUGGGAAACAGCCUCAACGUACACGUGGUGGCAAAAUUGAUCUCCAUUCUACUUGAGUGAUUUAGAACCUGAAACUGAUGCAUAUGGACUGGUGACAGAAAAUACUUUAAUCUUUUAGGAGAAAGCUGAUGGAACCUCGACGAAAAACAGAGCUUACCAAGAUAUCUGUCCAGACAUUAUACUGAACAGUUUUGAUAUAUUUUUAGCAACUUGCAUUCAUGAUGGAUUUAAACUGUAUAGGUGUUUUAUUUAAAUGUCAGUUUACAAGACUUAUUUGCUUUGUUUAAAUAUUCUUUUUAGUUUGCAGAAUGGAAAUAGCAGCAUAUGCAAAUGCUUCAAUGAGAAAGGAUAAGAUUAUUUUAUUUUUUUAUCUUAAAACCAUUUUUUGUACUGUGUGAAACUGUGUCAAAGCUGUUUUAAUUAGGUGUAGAGACCAAGUUCUAUGUGUAAAAUGUCUUCAUCUUUAAGUGUAAAUGAUCCAUUCUGAAAAGAUUUACUGUAUAUAUAUGAAAUUUUGAUGUGAUUUUUGUAGCUCAUGAAACUAUUAAAUUCCGUAUUUUAUAUACAA